AUGAGGCGUUUUAAGAGAUUCUACUGGUAUUUUAAGUCAUAUUGGGGGAUUUACGGUGUUAUGGUGUUUGAAAUGCUAAGAUAUCAGGGAAUGGAAUUACAUCAGAUCAAUUUCUCCAUUCACAACGCAUAUGGAAAUCAUUCUUGGUUUGAUACUCAACGAAUCACCAAAAUCCCGCUGCCUUUAGUUAAGCUCCUGCCUCACAAUCCCCCUGACAACUUUAUACCGCACGUUCUUUCCGCAGCCGCAAGCGAGACUCAGCAUGUCGGGCAGCGCGACGGUCAGCGGUCAGGAAGGCACGGUCGCGGGUGGCGGUCGCUGGGUCAGACCGGCCGGCAACGCGGAGACUUUCUUCGACGCCUUCCAGACCCGCGGGAUGUUCGUGACCGCCUACUGGGUCACGCUUCGCUCGGCGGAGCCCCUGCAGGAGGCCAGCGUUGGGCUCGCGCUCCGCCAUCUGUUCAGGAAGGUGCCGCCCCUCAGGACGUGUUUCCGCAGGCAAGGCGACUGCUUGUGGCUGUGCGAGAUGGAGGAGGAGGCCGUCGACUUCCAGGUCGAGGAGGAGGCGGAUCCCAGGCGAGUGAUGGAGGACCUGAUGAGCCAGAGCUUCGCCUCCCACGACGGCCCCCUGUGGCGCGCCAGGCUGGUCCGUGGAGCCGCCGGCGAGGACUGUCCCCUGGAGGAGGUGCGGGCGUCCUCCCUCACACGAGCCACCUCGUCCUCGGGAACCAUCACGGCAUCGCCGACGGAACCUCCAACGUCAGGACCUACAACCUCCUGCUCAGGAUCCUCAAUGACGUCAUCGCCGGUAGACCUAUCGACGACCAGGAGCAGCUGGGCGAGAUGGUGAGCGACGAUGAGUUUCGGGCAAUGGUCAGCGCCAAACUGAUAGAGCUUGAGGAGGACCCCGAGAACCUCCAGCGUUUAGUGGAAGAAAAGAAGAGAGUCAAGAAGAGGGUCCCCCUCCUGCUGCAGUGCUACCCGUCGCUCGAGGGAACAGAAAUGAAGACUGAAGUCCUCUUUGAGGAACUGGACGAAGACACGACGCGAAGGUUCUUCCAGAGAUGCAAGAAGGAGGGCGUGUCGGUGGGAAGCGCCUUCACAGCGCUCAUAAACGGAGCAACGAUCGAUCUGGCCAAGAAGGCCGGACGCACGGACGACACGUUCACGCUGAACGAGUCGCAUGCGUUGGACGUGCGCCGGUUCCUCUCCGGCGACGCUUCGAAGCACCUCGGCCUCCACAUCACUGUUCUCCACCACGCGGUUGAAGCCCCGGCGGCGUGGCGGGAAUCCUUCUGGGCCUACGCACGGACGCUCCACCGCAGCCUCCACGCCAAGCUCAGUGAAGACGGACAUCUGCUUGAGAGCUGUAUCAUUGAGGCGUCACAGACUCCCAGCGCAGCCGACAAAGCCACAUCUGCGUUCCCCCCGCCCUUUGAGGACUCCGUGUGUACAAACAUGAGAAACCUCGAUGUCCUUUGUCCGGACGUCGUCGGGGAACACGUCCAGGCCACGCGGAUACUCAGGGGCGCCUCCAACCACAACUUGGCGCACUUCUUCCACACUUUCCGCGGGAGAUUCCUCUACAGCUGUUGUUUUUCUGCACACAUUCUCCCGGGGGACACCGCCAAGGCCCUCGUUCGGUCCAUCUUCGACAACCUGCGUUCAUUCCUGUGAGAUCCUUGUCAAAGAAAAGGUACUUGGGUGUAUCUGGCAAGGGAGUGUUGGCGACCACAGGGUAUCCGAUUAUGUUUCACAUUUUAGUAGAGAGAUUUUACUGUUUUUCAAGAACGUUUGAAGUGCUAAUUCGGGAAUCCAAUCUAAGUGAUUUCGCGUUUGUGUAACCGACGCUAUGUUAUGAGAUUAUAAGAAUCGCAAACGAAUUUCUGGAAUUGCAGUUUUUGACUAGCGAAUUCAUCAUCAUCCCUUCAUGAAAGAAAUUAAUUAUAUGAGGUGGUUAUAAAUUCAGCGUAAUUUGCUAUCGUCUGUGCAUGUGCAUUUCAGAACGAGAUAAUGUCACUUUUUAUACAUGAUUACUCACCGUGCAGCGAAGGGACUUUGGCAUUCAAAUUCAGGUAAAUAAAAAGAUUCUUCAUCAUGACGUCUAAUAGUCCCUCUCCCUCCCAAACGCCGCUUGAAAUGAUUCACGUAAAAUUAG